GGAGUCCCAGGGCAUCAUCAGCGCCAACAUGGGUCAGAGUGUGGUCUCCAUCCCCGCCAGAGAUAUCAUUAACAAAGUUCAGCAACAAUUGGCGCAAAUGGAGACGGAGGGCAAGGAUCCCGCGGACCCCACCGACCAAAAAGAGCCCAAUCUGUGCGCGAAAUUGCUGUCGUUUUUGGGCUUAAAACACGAAAACAAAGACAUAAAUGAGUCUGAGUUACCCGAAAAGAGGGGCUGUUUUCGGUUGAAAAUCCCGCCGUCGAUGAAGAGUAUCCUCAAAGAGAUGCUCGACUUCUCGCUGGUGAGGGAAAGCUCGGCCUUCACGCUGCUGUCGGUGUCCAACAUGUUUGGGAUGAUGGGCUUCUACGUGCCCUUUGUAUACAUCACUCAAUUCGCUGUCACUCAAGUCAGAGACGGCGAGGAACUGGUGAAGGUUGACAGCGCCGCUUUACUAAUUUCAGUCAUUGGUAUUUCCAAUACAAUCGGUCGGCUCUGCUUUGGCGUUAUUAGUGAUAUAAUCAACAGAAACGGAACCAUUGCUGGCAUUCGCAUAACACCCCUCACUAUCAAUAAU